CUUGAAUUCUUUGUCACAAAUAUGUCAAGGAAAUUUAACAAUAUAAUAUAAUUUUAACCUUUAAGUAACAUAUGUAAUACGUAUGCAGUUUUGGUAGCUGGCUACAUCUAUAGUCCCCAGUGAAAAUGCCUCCCCUAUCUAGCGACGGUUGCAGCCUCAAGGAUCCCACAUCUGUUCAGAUAAUUGUCGAACGUACCCGGGAAAGUGUAUCUGAGAUCUUUGGCAGGUACCGCCGUAAAGUGGGCGAUGGGGCCCGCCAGGCGAUACAGCGGGCCAGAAGUCGUCACCGCGUCGAUCUCAUCAAGAAAACUAGUUCGCAUUCCAUAGUUGACCAAUAUCGAUUCUGUACAAGUUUUGGCUGUCAAGAGGUGGCCUCCAGCGUAUUGUUGCUUAUAAUCCUGCUGAUGCUUUUGUUGGGACUUAAGCUGAUCAGAAAUUAUAAUCACAACUUUGUCUACGGAUCGGGCGGCUGCCUGUCAACAUUUCUGUGGACCUACGAGGAAUGUAUUAUACUAACAUAAGUUCAAGCGGUUUUAUUUAUAAAUCCCUUUUGCUGUUUAUUUGAUCGUGGCUAAUAAAUUUUAACCCUUUUA